UCUCUGAUGCAUUAACCAGUUGCAAGAUUCAUAUUGUUGUUGUUGAGAUAAAAAUUAAGACGCUAGCCGGCGUGAUGUGGAGCCAAUCAUCAAGAAACUUAUUAAGGCGCACCUCUUUUGUUCUAAAAAAUGACAAUCCUGUUAGGACAAUGAAGAAGCAAGGUGCAGGACCUGAUGCUCUGAAAGAACGCAACAAAAACAGAUACUGGCGCUUUCCGAAAUCAAACACGAGCCCCCGACAGAACUUUGACUACUUUCUCGUCCUUGACUUUGAAGCAACCUGCGAGGAAAACAAAAAAAUCGACGUCCAGGAAAUUAUAGAAUUCCCUUGUAUCAAGGUCAAUGCCAUAAGUCUUGAACCGGAGGCGAUUUUCCACCAGUAUGUGAUGCCCACCGUCAACCCAGAACUCAGCCACUUCUGCACAAAGCUCACUGGAAUAACUCAAGAGAUGCUGGAGGGUCAGAGCAACUUUAAACAAACAAUGCAGCAAUUUGAUCAGUGGCUCCACGAACAAGGCUGUGCAAACAACAGGAGCACUUUUGUGACCUGUGGUGAUUGGGAUUUGAAAAUUCAGUUGCCCAAGCAGUGUCAAACUGAGGGCAUUGAAUUGCCGCAAUAUUUUACAUCGUGGAUUAACAUCAAACAUUCGUUUGCCGAGGCAACUAGCCAGUUUCCGAGGGGUAUUGUCGACAUGAUGUCAAGACUGAAUCUCAAACCUUUGGGACGACUGCACAGUGGAAUUGAUGACUGUCGUAAUUUGACCAAAGUGCUUCAAAAAUUAGCUUAUGAGGGAUACGUCUUUCACAAAACUGGUUUCACUUGGCAGAGAAGUGGAUUCGCCCCUAGCGGGCAGACUCAAGAGCCAAAGUCUUGAACAUCUUUCUAAUGACUGAAAUCAUUUGUGUUUUGUUUGAUAUCUAGAAAUUUGACUGUUCAGGAAAUAAAAUUCCACUUGUUAUUUACAAAACCAACAUUG